ACCAGGAAGUGAAAAACAGUCUACCCCGGGUGCUCGUCCAAGUUGCGGUAUCUGUAAAGAAAUGGCCACCGCAAAGAAAUUGACGGACAACCAUCUGAGCUGUGUCAUCUGUACAGGGGUGUUCACAGACCCUGCCACACUUCAGUGUAAUCACACUUUCUGUAAGUCCUGUCUUCUGAAAUACACCAAAACACAGCCUGAAGCAAUUCAAGCCAAGUCUAUUCCAUGUCCCUCCUGUAGACAACUGACAAAGGUGGCCAACCCUGACAGUCCAGUAGUGGAGUGGGUCAGUCAGCUGAAACCAAGUCAUGUGAUACAGGGGCUGAUGGACGACUUUGGGGAAUCGUCAGAUACCUGUAGCGUGUGCAAAGAAGAUGGGGAGACAACUCCAGGCACUGUGUGGUGCACCAUUUGUGACGAUGUCUUUUGUGAUGGAUGUCUCAAGUUACACAAGAAGAUGCCGCUGUCACGUGACCAUGAAGUGAUUGACUUACGUAUCCAUAGUAACAGGAAACCAAAGGUACAGCGCUUUAUGUGCAGAAUUCACAAAGAUGAAAAGAUAAAACUGUUUUGUAAAGAUUGCAGGAUGGCAAUUUGUACUGUAUGCUGCAGUAUCAAACACAGGAAGUGUGAUGAUGUUGAAACCAUAGAUACAAUGACGUCUCUUGUAAAAGAAAGUCUGAUAACUGAAACUAGAAACCAAGAGAAAAAAAUUGAAACUUACACUGAUAAUAUUUCUUCAACAAAUUCGAAAAUUGAAAAGCUAUCGACGAACGCACAGGAGAUGAAAGACCAAGUUCAGAAAGUACGCAUGGCAGCUGUAGAUGUUCUUCUGAGAAAAGAAAAGAAACUGCUGGACCGUAUCGACCAACUCACUGAGACACGUGUAGAAGAAUUGAAAGGCUACAUAAUGUCCCAGGAGAUUGACCUCCAGAUACAUCAGCAGCGGCAUGGGUUCAUAGACAAAGCCGUGACGUCACACUGUGUAGCAGACAUGUAUGAUAUAUAUGAGACUAUGACCGUAGCACCCAGAGAUAAGGACACAAGUGAGGACAAGAGACCAAUACCAUCCACCAUUGUCUUCACACAUGACACAGAUAAACUGAGGAGAUCUGUAGAUGAGGUGCAGCUGGGGGAGGUCAAGGUUGUCCAAGGCGACUUGCUAAGGUGGGCGAAGCUCAUGCAGCUCUGCCAGACACACUACAAAUAGCUUUCAUCAACUUUAACCCUGAACCUUCUUACUGUAACAUGUGAAAGUAUCCGCCUUUGUGAAGGAUUGACUGAAAUAGAGCCACACAUACGCUGUAUACAAGACCUAACUGAUUGCAAAUCUCCAAACUGCUUGUAAAUCUGUGCUGAAUGAACCGGACAUGGGAGUGAAAUACUUUUGGGGACAACGACUGUGUGUUUCACGUGUGUUUUUAGAUGGGUUGAGAACACACAGGGAGUGGUGGACAGGUACACUUGCAUCUGAUUGUUUCAACAUCGCUUCACACGAUCCCUACACAUGACUCCUGCGAUAGGACCGGUUCCGUGGUCUAGUGGUAGAGUGACCGCCCGGAGAGCGGAAGGUCCGGGAUUCGAUCCCCGGCCGCGUUAUACCAAACGACGUUA